CCUGAAAGUCAAAACAACCGUUGGCUGCGGUAACGGUAGCUUUCGUGGCUUCUCGGAAAUCCGUUUGAUGUCCGCCUGUUUCAAGCCCGGGCUUGUUACCCUGACAGCAGAGCCGCGACCGCUGACCGGCGGUUUAGCUUAGCUCGCAGUCCGGCGUACCUUAAUCACUUCGGGAGGGAGGAAAAGAAAUAACCCGAGCGGUUUAUGAACAGCAGGUGCACGGGAAUACCAGAGCACCUGCCGCUACAGGCUGAGUCACUGCUGGUGAGGAGGAAGGUCUGGAGAGGGAACGAGAGAGGAGGAGGAGGAGGUGGAGGAGGAGGGGGAGAAGAAGACGAAGAAGGGAGGGAGGCAGGGAGAUAAGCCACAACAGGAAGCAAAGCGACACACGCGCUUACACAUACACACACACCGCGUGUUUGUGCGUGUGUGUCUGAGAGGGAGACUGCGCGAACGAGAGGGUGAACGGGAAAGGAAGGGAGGGAGAGUGACGCGGAGGCUGGGAGAGCCGCCCCCCACUCCUCUCCUCCUCUCCCUCUCUUUCUCUCCUCUCCUCCUCUCCUCCCCUCCUCCCUCUCUCUCUCUGUGGAGCAGGCGUGUAGCGGCAUCAGACUCGGCGUGAAGGAACCAUGAGCGAUGUCACCAUCGUUAGAGAGGGAUGGCUCCAGAAACGGGGUGAAUACAUAAAGAACUGGCGGCCGCGUUACUUUCUUCUGAAGACAGACGGCUCUUUCAUCGGCUACAAAGAGAAACCUCAGGAUGCCGACCUGCCCUACCCACUAAAUAACUUCUCUGUAGCAAAAUGUCAGCUGAUGAAGACGGAGAGGCCGAAGCCAAACACCUUCAUCAUACGCUGCUUACAGUGGACCACUGUUAUCGAGAGGACCUUCCACGUGGACACGCCUGAUGAGAGAGAUGAGUGGACAGAGGCCAUCCAGAUGGUGGCUGAUAAGCUACAGAGACAAGAGGAGGAAAGGAUCCAGUGCAGUCCCACCUCUAACAUCGACAACAUGGUCGAGGAGGAGAUGGACAUCUCCACCACACACCACAAACGCAAGACAAUGAGUGACUUCGACUACCUGAAGCUGCUGGGAAAGGGAACCUUUGGUAAAGUGAUUCUUGUCCGAGAAAAGGCCAGCGGAAAGUACUACGCCAUGAAAAUCCUUAAAAAAGAGGUCAUCAUAGCCAAGGAUGAAGUGGCUCACACACUCACAGAGAGCAGAGUACUGAAAAACACCAGACACCCAUUUCUCACUUCAUUGAAAUAUUCAUUCCAGACUAAAGACCGCCUCUGUUUCGUCAUGGAGUAUGUUAAUGGAGGAGAGCUGUUUUUCCAUUUGUCCAGAGAGCGGGUGUUCUCAGAGGAGCGCACGCGCUUCUAUGGCGCCGAGAUCGUCUCGGCUCUUGACUACCUGCAUUCAGCCAAGAUUGUGUACCGGGACCUCAAGUUGGAAAACCUGAUGCUGGAUAAAGACGGCCAUAUGAAGAUCACUGAUUUUGGACUCUGCAAAGAAGGCAUCACAGAUGCUGCUACCAUGAAGACCUUCUGUGGCACACCAGAAUACCUCGCACCUGAGGUCCUGGAGGACAACGACUACGGUCGGGCGGUGGACUGGUGGGGUUUGGGCGUGGUGACGUACGAGAUGAUGUGCGGCCGACUUCCCUUCUACAACCAGGACCACGAGAAGCUGUUCGAGCUCAUCCUCAUGGAGGACAUCAAGUUUCCGCGCACUCUGUCGGCCGAUGCCAAGUCGCUGCUGUCCGGCCUGCUCAUCAAAGACCCCAACAAACGGCUCGGUGGAGGACCAGAUGACGCUAAAGAAAUAAUGAGACACAGUUUCUUCUCUGGUGUCGACUGGCAGGACGUCUAUGAUAAAAAGAUGGUCCCUCCCUUUAAGCCGCAGGUGACGUCGGAGACGGACACCAGAUACUUUGAUGAGGAGUUCACAGCCCAGACCAUCACAAUCACUCCACCAGAGAAAUUUGACGAGGACGGGAUGGACUGUCUGGACAACGAGAGACGACCGCACUUCCCUCAGUUCUCCUACUCUGCCAGCGGGCGGGAAUGAACUGUCCAUCUCGAUGACAUUAUCAUAGCUGAUCUCUGUGGUCAUCAACGGGGGGCAAAAAGACCCGCAGCUUUGGACCGACUCUGAACAACCGUGACAUGAAGGAUUUUACCCUUCUCCUCCGCUUUUCUUCAUCCUCUCUUUUUCACCUCUGCAGUCUGCUGCUCUAAUGUUUUUUGUGAAUCCCUUUUCAGAGAGAACUUCCAGACAAAAUUUCUUUCUGCCCCCCGAGAUGAUCUGAAUUGUGAUGUGAUCCGUUACUGUGUAAUGUCCCUUUAAAGACAGGAGCAUCACCGGUAGACUGCUGUGCUUUGAGGCGCGUCGGUCGGACCAAACUCUGAUCCAGUUAGACAAACAGCUGACGCAUUUUUAACAUUUCUGUGGCUUCUCAUCUGUGAGAUGGAGAUACAGCAUUUAGAGACAUUCAGACCCAAACUGCCGUUACCGGUUGUAUCUCAGGCUUUUACAGACACACAAACAGAUACUCUGAUUUCAAAUCCUCACAUAAACGAUUCUGGGAUCGAUUAAGGCUGCCUGGCAUUGAGCAGAACCCUCCACACCUCAUGUCGUCAAGCAGGAUUUGACUCAGGUUUUGCUCAGUGCAAUUCAUUAUUGUUGUUGCUGCUAUUUCAACUACUACAGGUAGUCCUACUCCUACUACUACUGCUACUACUUAAACCCGGUGCUACACUACUAGCUUAAUGCUGCAGGUCAUUACACAGGCGCCAGCAACACAUCCACCACCUGUAUUAACAUCUAUGCUUGUACAGCUGCAGAACAGGUGUUGCUCCUCCUAAAGUACUGCUAAUACACAUCUGUAGAUUAUAAUGGGAUGUCAUGUUUGAGUGUGUGUGUGUGUGUGUGUGUGUGUGUGUGUGUGUGUGUGCGUAUGUGUGAGCGAGAGAGAGAGUGUGUGAAAGUGGGUUUGUGUUUAAGAUCGCGCCUCAAAGCACAGCAGUUCAAAAGGAUGAAGCUCCCAAACCAUGAGCUUUACUAGGUUACCCACAAUGCAGUGCAAGGUGGUUGAUACAUCCAUCACAGCAGAGGUGAAAAUGAGAGGAAAACGGUUGGUUUGAAUGUUUCCCCCUGACGUUUUUUUUUUUUUUUAUUUAUUCCCCCCAGCUAUCAGUCCCUCUUGUGUCCCAAAAGGGAAAACAAAAAAACAAAAACAGUACUUUUGUGUCGAUGAUAGAAAGCUUUACUGUGACAUGUCGUCGUCAUGGCUUUGGGAAACCACACGGCUGUACCUCUCUGUGUUUGCGCAGGAAAGGGAAAAGAUACGAGAAGUCCAGUAUGGCAGGUUGGGCAUUGUGAUGAGAAGAGAGAGAAAGAGAGAGAGAGUACAGGCGAAAAGCUCAGAGAAUUAUAUGAAAUAUUUGUAAUGUGAUAAUUUAUGAGCUGAUUUCCUGUUUCCUGUGAGAUUCUUAUGAAGGACUUUUUUAUUUAAAAAGAAAAAAAGAAGACAUUAUGUUCGGUGAAGAGGUACGCAUCGACAGUUAUGGGUUUACACCAAUCACAGCAAUGGCUAUAAUAUAUAUAUGUUCUAUUUAUUGUUCUACUCAUCGGUUUUAUAUUUAACUUUUUCUAUUGUUAUUACAUUAUUCUAGAAAAAAAAUAAAUAUUUCUUAGGGCUGAGAGGAAAAAAAAGGCACCUCAAGAAACAAAAAUG